AUGGCGACCCCUGGUGACGCUCCUUCCAUGGCGGCCACGGUCGACGCUCCUUCCAUGGCGGCCACGGUCGACGCUCCUUCUGUUACGGCCCCGAUCGAGGCUCCUUCCAAGGCGGCCGCGGCCCCGGCCGGUGAUGCUCCUCCCAAGGCGGCCGCCGGUCCUGGCCUCUACUCCGAGAUCGGGAAGAAGGCCAGAGAUCUUCUGAACAAGGAUUUCAACAUGGACCCGAAGUUUACCCUCACCACUUACGCCGAAAACGGAGCCGCAAUCACUGCUACGAGCACAAAGAAAGAUGAGGCUAUCCUUAGCGAGAUCCAGACCCAGUUUAAGUACAACAAUGUCAAACUUGAUGUGAAAGCAAAUUCAGACUCUCAAGUGUUAAUCACAGGCACAACUGAGUAUCCUCGUGUACCGGGCAUGAAGCAUAUUACAGCAAUUUCUUAUCCAUUCAAGACACCUGGAAAGAAUGAACUCCAGUACCAGAAUGAUUACGCUGGUCUCAGUCUUGGUGUUGGCAUGAACUCCAAACCUCUGAUUAACUUUUCUGGUGUGGUUGGCAACAAAUCUGUUGCUGUUGGUGGGGACGUUGCCUAUGAUACUGCAAUUGGGGAUUGGACCAAGUACAAUGCUGGAGUGAGUCUCACCAAAGAAGAUCUUGUUGCUUCCGUGAUGCUGAACAACAAAGGGGACAGCCUGACUGCGUCCAGUUACUACAUGGUGAACAAGCAGUCUGCUGUCGGAGGGGAGCUGACCCACAACUUCUCGAGCAAGGAGAACACGUCCACCGUUGCGUUGCAGCACUCCUUGGACCCUCUGACCACCGUGAAGGCGCGCUACAACAACAAAGGCAUGGUCAGUGGCCUCAUCCAGCACGAGUGGAGGCCCAAGUCAUUGCUGACCAUCUCCACCGAGUUUGACGCCAAGGCCAUAGAGAAGAGCUCCAAGAUUGGGCUCUCGCUGGUUCUUAAGCCCUGA